AUGCGUGGAGACCCCAGCCGAGCGCUGAUCCUGUCCGCAGAAGCAGCAAAGCAGGAGUUGCUGGCCUGGCAGCAGCAGCGAAAGGCCAGCCACGUGGUGACGGGCCUUAAGCCCGGCAAGUGGUUCCACUCGCAGAUGGAGGCUUGGAAGAAGCUGAAGCAAGCCCUGAAGCAAGGGCACGACGCCUCAGAGCUGCAUGCUGUUUCGAGUUGCAACCGGAGGCUGGAGCAGCUGCACCAGGCAGAGAAAGCCGUGAACGCACCAGCAGACACGGAGGACUUGCAUGACGGAGACGGCAAGGGCACGCCCAUCUACGCCAACUUCAAGUAUGAGGAGUCCUUAGCAUUUAGUGCGGCUAGAGAUGGUCUGCGUGAAUUCAAAGCUGCUUGUUGUGGCCGGGAGCCUCAGCUCUUCGAGGCAAGCGGCGGUUGCAGAGGACACGGAGACUCCCGAGCAGCAUGCGCAGAGACGGCUCGAGUGGAACAUCUGCACAUCGCUUUGCGGCGCAGCUGGAACCGCCAGAUGCCUGACUGCCCUUCGCGAGGCAUGGUCCUUUCAGACCUGUACUUGCUGCAGUGCUACCGCUAUCCGCGCGAUAAUGGCAUCAUCCGCAUCUUGAGCAGGGAUGGCGUCCGAAUUGUGGCAACUCAGCCAUGCGCGUAUGGCUCGGGCAUGGGCGCGACCGACAAGCCUCUGCGCGUGUCUCGCCUGGGAAGCAUCUAUGAUAAGCACUUCCAGCUCACCUUCACCGAUCGGCGUGCGACCAGCCUACAGGUCUGGCUGGUUUGCAACGGCAACGGCGCGCCGCCCUUGCAGCUGGAAAUCCUGGACGGCAGGCUCUUCAUUUCUGUUGAUGGCAGCGGGGUCUGGCUCUCCUGCACUCCUCCUGGGAAAGGCGACUUCACUGGAACAUCGGCCGCCUCCCGAGAGCCCUCGGCAGCUGCGUCUCGGCGGGCUCUUCAGGCACUGUACUGGGUUGGGGAGCACAAGCUCACCCCAGAUGCAGAGGACCAGAAGGUUAUCUCUGAAGCGAUCUUCGAGUGGGCUCGGGAGCGAGGGGCGAUUGACUUUGCCCACUGGUUCUUCCCUCUUCGCGGCGGUGGCGGUGCCGUUGGCGGAAUGUUAGGUGCCUUCAAGAAGGACACUCUGAUGGACCUGGAGUUCGGCUCCCAGUUCACGACGAAGCCGAUGAAGGCUUGCCUGCCUCACGAGCGUCUCUUCCAAGGAGAGACGGAUGGCUCCUCCUUUCCCAAUGGCGGCUUGCGUGUUACGCACUCUGCAGCUGCCUUCACCACUUGGGAUAGAUCAUCCCCACCUUUUGUGACGGAUUGCUGUCUGUAUAUUCCAUGUGCUUUCAUUACCCACUUCGGGAAGUGCAUCGAUGAGAAGACGCCACUGCUGCGGUCGAUGGAUGCUGUCAAGACCCACGGCCUUCGGUUGCUGCAGGCUAUCGGCAUUGGCAAGGAUGCUCAGACAAUGCACAGCUACCUGGGUUGGGAGCAGGAGUUCUUCGUCCUGUCGGCAGAUCACUUCAAAGCGCGCCCUGACCUGGUGAACUGUGGCCGGACACUGUUUGGGAAGCUGCCCACUCGGCACCAACAAGGAGACCUAAAUUACUUCCAGGCGAUCCCCGGCAAGGUGCAGGAGCUUCUCGAUGUUGCGCAGGCCGAGAUGUUGAAGAUCGGUUGCCCGAUGGCCGUGAAGCACAACGAGGUUGCACCUGGACAACACGAGAUGUCCCCCGUCUUCCGUACUGCGAACGUGUCUUGCGACAGCAAUGUCUGCUUCAUGGAGGUCAUGAACCGAGAAGCCGCGAAGCUCGGCCUCCAGGUUCUUUUCCAUGAAAAGCCCUUUGCCGGAAUCAACGGCAGCGGCAAGCACGCCAACUGGUCCAUCGGAACUGACACCGGCCUGAAUUUCUUCUAUCCGGGAAAGAACGAAGAUGGGGCCAAGCUGUACGUGACUGCCAUUGCCUGCUUGGCAUAUGGGUUGGCACAGUACAAUGAGAUGGUGCGGUGCACCGUGGCCAGCGCUGGCAAUGACCACCGCUUGGGAGCGCAAGAAGCGCCCCCGGCCAUCAUCUCUUUGUACCCGGGCCAGGGCUUCGAAUCCUUCGUGGAUUCCGUGGUGAGCGGCGGCGAUCUUCUGGGAUACAAGGCCGAGAAGAAGAAGCAGGAGACGGGCUGCAGCUCUGCCAUGCACAUCGAGGCCAACGUCGAAGACCGCAACCGCACAGCCCCGUUCCCGUUCUGCGGCAACCGCUUUGAGUUCCGUGCGGUGGGCUCUUCCCAGAACUGCUGCCUUCCGAUCAUGGUCUGCAACGCGGUCAUGUCUGCUGGAAUGUCACACAUGGCUUCCCUCAUCGAGGGCGGCAUGAGCCAUCGUGAUGCCGUGGCUCAAGUGUUUAAGGAGAACAAGCAUGUGAUCUUCACCGGCAACGGUUAUUCAGCAGAGUGGCCCGUGGAGGCAAGCAAGCGAGGCUUGCCGAACUUGAACACCACGCCCAAGGCCAUUGCCACGUGGAGCUCCGAGAAGAACACCAAGCUUCUCGAGACGCUGAAGAUCUACACCAAGGAGGAAACAGAGGCACGUCAGGAAGUGAUGUACGAGAACUACAUUUCCUGCAUUUGCUGCGAGGUGGAAACCAUGAUCCAGAUGGUCGAGACCGGCUUCUUGCCUGCAUGCGCCAAGGACCUGGCCAAGUACAACAGUGUGGACAAGCUGGAUGGUAGCAGGAAAGCUGUCUUCGAGAACGUCGUGGACCAGGUUGAGAAGUUGCAGGCCUCCUGA